AUGCUUUGCCCAGUAACACAUGUCAAGAAUGCCAAUCAACAUCCUGGAAAGAUUUUACUUGAUCUGCAACCAAAAAAGUGUUCUCAAGCAGAGGUAGCGCAGGAGAUGGAACAGCUUAAACUCACCAAGGACGAGUUAGUGCGGGCCAUGAAGCUUGAUAUUGCUGCUGCAGCAAAGGUUGAAGAUGAGAAUAUAGCGAGGAUAAAAGGAGAUCAUUUUAAGGAGAGUGAUGAAGUGGAACUUGCUGCUAGGAAGACAACAAUGGGCAGCAUAGGGAUUCAAGCUGACUCUUCUCAACAAGAUACCAACUUGAUGGAGGAGGCCUCUCAAGCUGUCAGUGGCAUAAAUAGGGUUGAUGAGGAUGUUUUAGAGUUGAGUGAUGAAGAGGAGCUUGUAGCUAAGAAAAAGAAGAAGAUGGGCGGCCUGGGGAUUCAAGCUGCCAUUGGAGCCUUAAUCAAGGCGUCAGGCAUCAAAUCAUGGUGCAGCAAUAUUCAAAAGCUAAACAAUGGUACAACAAAUAAAGCAAACAAACUCAGCACAAUCUCAUCCAAGCCGGAGGUCUCCUCACUCUUACCCAAAACUAUCAGCUCAACUGCCUGCACACCAGUCUCAAAACAUACUAAGAAAGCCAUUUCCUCAAAAUUGACUUCAAAUGUGGUGAGGACCACUUUGAGCGGGGAUACUGGUGUCAGAUACAAGGCAGGUGGGUUUGAGGAUGAAGUCAAAGAGUAUGUAGAGGCUGUCAAAGGCAAGCAUAUAAUAAGCGCGAACCUGGUUAAAGUUAAGGAUGGUGUUAACCCUCCCUCAAAGCGUGUCAAAAUGGAACAUCCAACAAAAAUAACUAACUCUGACUUACUGGAAGGUUUUACCGUGCAAGUCCCCGUCUAUCUUGCGCUUUUAGGCCUCUCAACGUCUUUUGGAAUGGUGAAAUGGUUUUGGUUCUACUGCCAUAAUCAUGAAUUUGCUAGUGAAAUUCUCACUGAUUUUGCAUACCUCUACAAAGAAAUAGGGGAUGAUCCCUUGGAAUUUUGUGGUCUCUUUCGGUCACCGUUUGUCCUGCAAACAUUUGCGGCCCACCUUGCAGCAGUUAAGACAUCUAUUGAUGUUAAAGUAUUGCAAGCUGACGGUGUGCCUAGUAAUGCCACAGACAUCAAGAAGUAUCCACUGGUAGGGGCCCUAGCAAUGAGUGCAGCAGCCGUUGAACGUGCAUUUACUAUGUGGGCUGAGAGAAAAGUCAGCUGGGACCCACCACUAAUGCAAUCCCAAUCAAGCCGGUUUGAGAGCUCAACAGGGCUACUGGAAAAACAACCGGUAGCCAUGCAGCCUUCUGACACAAACUGGGGCAAGGCUAUUCGCUAUUAUGCUACAUCAAUCAAAGCACUCAAACAAGAGACGAUGAACAACAUAGUGGCAAAAGCAAGCACCUACAUUGUUGGAAAAGGACACUCUAAACAGCCGGCCACAAGUACAGAUGGAGGUGCUGACUCUCGAGCCUGUCUAGCUGACAUUUAGGCUGUAUGAUCAAAUACAUUUAGUGUUUGCCCCAGCUAUCAUGAAUUCCUUGUAGACUUUUUCCACAUCCCUGCUCAGUUUUUUUUGGUGAUAAUUGUGUCUUGAAUUGUGUUUUGUCUUUUACAACU